AUGGGUUUCUUUGGAAGAAUAGGAAACUUCUUUCGAAAUGUUGGAAGAGGUAUAUGGAAUGGAAUAAAAUCUGUCGGAAGAGGAGUAUGGAACGGUGUCAAAAAUAUUGGUAAAAGAGUAGGUCAGUUCGUUGGUAUUAUACCUAAAGACCCUGAACCAGAAGAGCAAGCUCCUGUUAUACAACAGCCUGAACCUGCACCACAGUCAAGUUGGCAACCACAACCAACACCUCAACCGUAUUAA